CGCGUUUCCUGUAUGAUUGAAACGAAAGUCAUCAGAUGGUGCGGAAUUUUUAGCGACAGGUAGAUCCUCACUGCCCUGUCAGUUGUUUUAUAAUACAAGGCGUGCUUUUAUAGGACUUCCCAGCAAGAACUAGGCAUGACCGCCGAGUCUGACUUUCCAGAAGAGUGAGUGUGAAUGGAGCGGACGAGUCAUGGACAGCCAGUGCAGCGGCAGUGUGGGUUCACGGGCCACUACAGGGGCUGUGGUCAACAUUAACUCAACGCCCAUUUCUGCUCGUAUCGAGUCCUAUGAAGGGGGAGAACAGAAGUGCAUCUCUGAUGUCCGAAGAACCUUCUGCUUGUUUGUGACCUUUGACCUUUUGUUCAUCACCUUGCUGUGGAUCAUUGAGCUCAAUGUCAAUGGAGGUAUAAAGGAGCACCUCAAAAAAGAGGUGUUGGAGUAUGAUUACCACGAAUCGUUUUUUGACAUUUUUCUCUUGGCUGUGUUCCGCUUCACGGCUUUGAUUCUGGCCUAUGCGGUUUGUAAGCUGCGCCACUGGUGGGCCAUUGCGAUAACUACAGCAAUCACAACUGGUUUCUUAAUAGUCAAAGUAGUUUUAUCAAAGCUUCUUUCACAGGGAGCUUUUGGGUAUUUGUUACCCAUUAUCUCCUUUAUUCUGGCGUGGAUAGAGACGUGGCUGCUGGACUUCAAAGUCCUGCCCCAGGAGGCCGGGGAUGAAAUCAGGUAUCUUUCCGUGCAGAAUGCGCUGGAUCGAGAACCUCUUUUACACCCGGGACCCGCUCCAGACGGCCAGUUCUACUCUCCUCCUGAGUCCAUGGCAGACUCCGAUGAAGACCUUGAUGAUAAACAUGAUCUUGAGAAGCCCAUCAUCUAGCAGGAACUCCAGAUUAAACUGAUUCGACUCUUCCAGCUCCGCUCGACCUCGGGCCACAUGUCUUAACAUGGGUUUUUGUAGACGGGUGACCAGAACCAGAGUCACCCUGCCUUAAAUCCACCAUCGCCGUGCUCAGCAUUAUGUUUAUUUGUCUCUCAAUGCCCACUCAAGCUCUUAGUGCAAUCGAUUUUUUUGUGUCUUAAAAAAAAUAGUUUAUGUACUGAAACUGAAAAAUGAAGGAUUUUAAUGUGUAUUUUGAUCAUCAAAUGAUAUCAGUGUUGAACGCCACAUUUAUGAUCUUCAGAUGCUUCCAUGUAACAAAACGACUGCCGUCUCACGUUAAGCUAUAAUCUCCAUAUGUGUAUUAACACUGUUAUGCCUCUGAUCUCACGUACAGCACCGGAGUUGACCUAAAUGUGAAAAGCAGUAUAGUCUCAGGUCUGCACUGCCACUCAUCUGUGUGCGAAAAUGUCAUGUUUUUUCUUUCCGUCGUCUUUUUUUUAAUGCUUUUUCUACCAAUCUGAACGGAGAGAGAUGAUAGGUUAGGCUUGAUGUACUUGCAAAUUAAAGGACUCGACUAGUUUUGCAUGAAACGCACUUAAAUGACCACGGCUCGUAACGACGCAUGGACGUGUAAUAUGUUUUUUAAAGUUUGUUUCGGUUCCUCUUCAGUUAGCAUUCUUAAACCAUCGUAAUUAAGUGAAAUAAAUCGGCUUUCUGUUGAGUUUGCUUUUGCCGCGCUUACUGAAUAAGGGCUUACGUAUCUGGUGCAGGUCCGGGACCAGAAUCAUUUCUGCAACUAUGGCAAAGCCUCGAGUGCGCAGGAUGAUGGCAGAUUGUAAUUCUUCUUUCGGCGUGCAUUAAAACGAUUGGUGUUUUUAUGUAA